AUGGCUUCCCUCACCAAACCACCCUACGACCCAGAAUUAUGGGAAGUGCUCAAGAACAUACCACCCGAACUCCCACUAAGCCUCGAAACUCUGCAGGCAGAACGUGAUGGAUUAAUGGCCGAGCAUUCUCCAGAAAAAGUCUUGACCGAUCCCGCCAUAUCCCACAGAGAAGCCAGAAUCCCCGGCCCAGGUGGCGAACUCGUCGUCUCGAUCCUGGAAGCUAAAGACUCAACAAGUACCAUCCGGCCAGGUAUCUACUACAUCCACGGCGGCUGUUUCAUUUUCGGAACACGCCUCACAUGGAUCAAACCAUGCUUCGAGUGGAUCAAGCAGUGUGAUGCCGUCCUCGUGACUGUCGAAUACAGACUCGCCCCCGAACACCCAGACCCAGCACCCGUAGAAGACUGCUACGCAGGCCUGAAAUGGUUCAGCGAGAACGCCUCCAAGCUAGGAGUAAAUCCCGACCAGAUUAUGCUAGCCGGCUUCUCGGCAGGCGGAGCUCUCGCUGCUGGCAUAGCACUCAUGGCUCGAGAUCAUAAUGGUCCGAAGACGUGCGCGAUGUGUUUGAUAGCUCCGAUGCUUGAUGAUCAGAAGACUACGACGUCCACGUCCCAGUUUAUGAGCGAGGGGGCGUUGACGGGGGAGACGAAUUCGACUGCGUGGAGCUGGCUGCUUCAGGGACGGAGUGGUGAGGAUGUGGGAAUUUAUGCUGCGCCUGCUAGAGCGAAGGAUUUGUCGGGCUUGCCGGAUACGUGGGUUGAUGUUGGGUCGGCGGAGGUGUUUAGGGAUGAGUGCGUGGCAUUUGCGGGGAGGAUUUGGGAGGCUGGUGGGGGUUGUGAGUUGCAUGUUUGGAGAGGGGCGUGGCAUGGUUUCGAUGUGACUGCUCUGGAUGCAAAGGUUACGAAGACGGCUUUGGAGAUGAGGCUGGGAUGGAUUCAGAGGGUUUUGGGGGUUGAAGGUUGA